AUGGAAUAAUAAUAAGUAGUAAAUGAUUCAUCACAACAGCUUGAUUUGUGCACUAAAUGUGUUAUUGAUCUUAAUAUCGCAGGAAAUAAUCUUAUGUUAGUAGAAGAUUUAUUAGAUGCAUAGUAAGAGAGUAUUGAAGAAGAAAAUAUAUUGAAUAAAUAUGAUUAAAUAGCUGAUAAACAAAAACUCUAAUAGCUUUUUAAAAACUAUUAUAAUAGUAAUGAUAAUAAUGGCGACGAAUUAAGAAAGUUUAUAGAUGAAGUUUUCUAAAAAUCUAAUUAAAACGAAGAAAUUUUAUAAGAUAUUUUAGAUAAACAGCUUUAGUUUUAUGAAUUAGAAUUAGUUGAUGAACUAAACAAAUAGAUGAAUUAAAUUAUAAAUAGUAUAGGAGAGUGCAUUAUAGGUUAUUACUAAAAUUAAAAUCGAAAACAAAUAGUCAAACAGAUGAAAUUCAGAUUGACUAGUUUAAUCAAAAGUUUAUUGGAUAUAUUGAAAACUUAUUAAUGUUAGGAUAAAGAUAUCUAAGAAGAAAAAAAAAAUAUUCAGAUUAAAUAUCAAACAUAAAAAAAUUAAGCUGCUCAAGAUUAUGAUAACUAGUAACUAAAUACUUUAUUUUAUCAGUUGAAAGAAAGAGUUUAAUUAGAUUUCUAAUAAAUGGUCUUAAUUUAAUAAAUGCUAAAUGAAAAUGAAAAAAUUGAAGAGAAUGAAAAAAUGUAAAAGUUAUUUUAAUUAGUUUAAAAUAAUAACGAUAAACAGUAUUUCACAUAAUCUUGUGAAUUUAUAGAAUCAUAAAAACCUGAAAAUUAAAUCCUUACUUAAUUUAGUAGAGAUGAAAAUUAAAUUUUAAAGAUAAUCAAUUUAUCACAAACAGAAAUAACUUAAAAUAACUCCUUUUAAAGGCUAUGA